AUGGCGGCGGCGCGCACGGUGCUGCUGACCGGCUCCAACCGCGGCAUCGGCCUGGAGCUGGUGAAGCAGCUGCUGGGCUCGCCGAGACCCCCCGCCUGGAUCUUCGCUACCUGCCGGGAUCCCGAGGGGCCGCGGGCACAGGAGCUGAGAGAUCUGGCAUCCAAACACCCAAACCUGGUUCUUGUAAAGCUGGAUGUUGAAAACCCCUCGGCUAUCACCGAUGCAGCAAAGGUGGUGGAGGGGAAGCUGGACGGAAUGGGGCUGAACCUGCUGAUAAACAACGCUGGCAUCUAUAACCCUACAGCCUCGCUGGACACAGUUGAUGCUGAGGACAUGGUCAGGACGUACAAGACCAAUGCAGUGGGGCCAAUGCUGAUGGCCCAGGCCUUCCUGCCUCUGCUGAAGAAGGCUGCCCAGGACAGCAAAGAAAAGGGCCUGAGUUGCAGCAAGGCAGCCAUCAUCAACAUCUCCACCAUCUUGGGGUCCAUCAAGAAAACACCUGAUUCCUUCUUCCACCCUGUCAUCUCCUACCGCUGCAGCAAGGCUGCCCUCAACAUGCUGACCAUGUGCCAGGCUCUGACCUACAAGGAAGCUGGGAUCCUGUGCGUGGCACUGCAUCCUGGAUGGGUGAAAACAGACAUGGGCAGCCAGGAGGCUGACCUGACAGUGGACACAAGUGUGCGGGGGCUGUUGUCUGUGCUGCCAAUCCUUUCUGAGAAACACAGUGGGACUCUGCUCAACUGGGAAGGUAAAGCUAUCCCCUGGUGACUGCUCUCGGUCCCUG